AGCUAGUGUGUCUGAGUCACAGACGCUCCUGUCUCGCUGUCUGCUCCACGGUCAUUGCCACUGACAGCGUUUCACUGAAGUGCAGACGUACAGAGACAGAAACAGGGGCAAUCUGUUCCCCCUCCAAAAUAUACUGGGAAACUAAAAACGUAGAGAAACGUUUGUUGUUUUUUCUGUCCAUUUUUACAAAGCUAAAGGACCUCGAGUUCUCCUCAAUUCACGUUUUAAUGGAUUUACGUUUUUCUUUUUAAAAAGGAACAAGGCGACGUGAAAGCGAGAACAAACGACAAAAAGAAGGGGCCUCUUUAAUACUCGUAUUUCGAGUCCGGUAUCUACGCACCUCUGCGGGGAUAACUGCUUGAAAACAAAUAGUCCUGCACCAAAACAAGUCAAGUGUCGCGUAUCAGAAAUACGUUUUUUUGUUCCAACAAAGUUAAUAAAUGCCUUCAAACAUAAGCCGUGUGUUUGGUGAUUAGGAUGUAAAUAGAAUUCGUGGACUGUGGACUAAAAAUUGGAGGAGCAACUGUACGCCGAAUUUUGCACAAGGCCUGUUCUUGGAUUUGAGUCAGUUUCUCGAAUACGGCAUUCCCUUGUAAAUGAAGCAUAUACGUUUGACAUAAGUAACGGUAUAUAUUAGUCUACAAGUAAAAAUAUUUAUGUGUUAACGAUUUUUUAAAAUUACCGAAAUCCACAGCACUAAUCCUAAAUGAUAAUGUUUGGACCAAAAGUGUAAAGGACUAAUAAAAUAAUCUUGCCUUAUUUUGGACAUUUUAAAGACAAUAUAUAAGCAUGUGUGGGGAAUAACGCUAUUCAUUUUUUUUUUUAAGAUGUGACCAGCAAGAACACAUUUCCAAUUAUAAGAAGUGCCUGGACUUCACUGUGCAUAUAAUAUAUAUUUAUUUAUUUAAAGAAAUGAAGACUAAUGUUCUUUUAACUGACAACCAGAACCAAUAUCAUUUGGAAACAUGUUUUGCGUUGCAUAAUUUGUCUUGAUUACAAUCGACGAAUGACUUAGCUUUAUUUAUUGAUAGUGGAACACUGAAACAUUGAAAACUUUUGGAGUCGCUUCUUCUUUCCUUGGGUCCCCAGGAUUGAGUUGACUAUGGCAACACUUCACCGAAUGUCAUUGUUGGUGUUAGGAAUCAACACAGUUCUGCUCAUGACUGUAGCUGCAACCCAGAGCGAGGAGAGAGAGUGUGCUUUCAAUGACCAGCACCACCAAUUUGAAGAGCAACGUGCCGGUGAGAACGGUGUCUCCAAGGACAAUGGCACUAUCCACUGUAUGAAGGGGAGCAAUUGCUAUGGCCUGUGGGAGAAGACCAGGGAUGGAGAGAUUCGCCUUGUAAAGCAAGGGUGCUGGGCUCACCUCAGUGACCAGCAAGACUGUCACGACAAGGAGUGUGUGGUGACAACCACCCCUUCCCAGAUCCAGAAUGGCACUUAUCGCUUCUGCUGCUGCAGCACUGACAUGUGCAACGUCAACUUCACUGAGAACUUCCCGCCUCCCAGCCCCACCACCGCACAGCCCUACAAUCCAAACAGUCGUGAGGAGACCAUCGUUAUUGCACUGGCCUCUGUUUCGGUCGUGGCUGUCCUGAUCGUCGCACUUUUCUUUGGGUACAGGAUGCUAACAGGAGACCGUAAAGCAGGCCUUCACAACAUGAACAUGAUGGAAGCAGCUUCCUCUGAGCCGUCUCUCGACCUGGACAGCCUCAAACUACUUGAGCUGAUCGGGCGCGGACGGUACGGUGCGGUGUAUAAAGGGUCCCUGGACGAGCGGCCCGUGGGCGUGAAGGUGUUCAACUACACCAACAGGCAAAACUUCAUCAACGAGAGGAACAUAUACCGGCUGCCACUCAUGGAGCACGACAACAUCGCCAGGUUCAUCGUGGGGGACGAGAGGCUCACUGCUGAAGGCCGCAUGGAGUACCUGCUGGUCAUGGAGUACUAUCCUCACGGUUCUCUGUGUCGGUACCUGAGUCUGCAGACCAGUGACUGGGUGAGCUCCUGCAGACUGACUCACUCAGUGACCCGCGGCCUGGCGUACCUGCACACUGAGCUGCUGAGAGGAGAUUAUUACAAGCCUGCAGUAUCACACCGGGACAUGAACAGCCGCAACGUGCUGGUAAAGAACGACGGCACGUGUGUGAUCAGCGACUUCGGACUCUCUAUGAAACUAACAGGAAACAGACUGGUCCGGCCGGGAGAGGAGGACAACGCAGCCAUCAGUGAGGUGGGAACUAUUCGAUACAUGGCCCCUGAGGUUUUGGAGGGAGCUGUGAACCUACGGGACUGCGAAUCCGCCCUCAAGCAGGUGGACAUGUACGCACUGGGGCUCAUCUACUGGGAGAUAUUCAUGAGAUGUACAGACCUCUUUCCAGGAGAGACUGUGCCGGAAUAUCAAAUGGCAUUCCUGAUGGAAGCUGGGAAUCACCCCACCUUCGAGGACAUGCAGGUGCUAGUUUCCCGGGAAAAGCAGCGGCCCAAGUUCCCUGAAGCCUGGAAGGAGAACAGCCUGGCUGUUCGCUCUCUGAAGGAGACGAUGGAGGACUGCUGGGACCAGGACGCAGAGGCGCGGCUCACUGCACAGUGCGCUGAGGAGAGGAUGGCAGAACUCAUGAUGAUAUGGGACAGAAAUAAGUCUGUCAGCCCCACCGUCAAUCCAAUGUCCACUGCCUUGCAGAACGAAAGGAAUCUCUCACACAGCAGACGAGUGCCAAAGAUCGGCCCGUACCCCGACUACUCCUCAUCCUCUUACAUCGAGGACUCUCUGCACCAUGCUGAGGGCAUCGUCAAAAACAUCUCCAGCGAGAACUCGACCCCCUCCACCACCGCUGGUGGCACGGGGAUUGAGAAGAACCGCAACUCCAUCAACUACGAGCGGCAGCAGGCCCAGGCACGGCUCCCCACCCCCGAGACCAGUGGCACCAGCGUGUCCACCACCACCACCACCACCACGGGACUGACCCCCAGCACCGUCAUGACCACCAUCUCAGAGACAGCCUUCCCCGAUGACGGCCUGCAGCAUGGGGCGCCCUCGCUGGUCUGCCUGCAGCUGACAGAGGAAGACUUGGAGACUACAAAGCUAGACCCCAAGGAGGUGGACAAGAACCUGAAGGAGAGCUCAGACGAGAACUUGAUGGAGCAUUCCAUGAAGCAGUUCAGUGGCCCCGACCCGCUCAGCAGCAGCAGCUCCAGCCUGCUCUACCCUCUGAUCAAGCUGGCCGCGGAGGUCACUGGCCAGCAGGAUUUUGGCCAAGUGGGUGGCUUGGCUGCCAGUAAUGUGGGCCUGAACGCAGACAUGCCGCCCACGCCCAUAUACCCCCUCCCCAAGCAGCAGAACCUGCCAAAGCGGCCCACCAGCCUGCCGCUCAACACCAAAAAUGUCACCAAGGAGCCUCGCCUGAAGUUCGGCAGUAAGCACAAGUCCAACCUGAAGCAGGUGGAGACCGGGGUGGCCAAACUGAACACAGUCAACGCAGCUGAGCCUCACGUGGUGACUGUUACCAACAACGGGCAAAGCCGGGGGCAGAUGCCAAACGGCCCUGUGCAUUCUUUCUCCUCCUCCUCCACUGCCGCCAUGCAGACCCAGUAUGCCAACGGGUCAGUGCCCACCAGUCAGCUGGUCAACGGCUCUGCCCACCAUGUCCAAGAGGCCCUGCAGUCUCAGUUCAGCAUGGAGGACAGUCGGCUGAACAUCAACUCCAGCCCGGACGAGCACGAGCCCCUGCUGAGGCGGGAGCAGCAGGCUGGCAGGGACAACGGCCUCAUGGAGCGGCUUGUGGACAGGAAGGACCACCGGGUGCUGGACGCGGGCCGGACAAACUCCAAUAACAACAACAGCAACCCAUGUCCAGCUGUGGAGCAGUCGAGCGUGACGGCAGCCGGCACAGACAAUACUGUGGCAGAAACAAAUCUACGGCAGCCCCGGGGGAGGAGAGUCGAGAGGCCGAACUCACUGGAUCUGUCAGCCAACAACAGUCUGGAUAGGUGCGGCAUGCAGGGUGAAACGUCACAGGAUGUUAAGCCAGGCUCUGGGGAGAAGAUCAAGAAGCGAGUGAAGACCCCGUAUUCCCUGAAGAGGUGGCGCCCUUCCACAUGGGUCAUCUCCACAGACCCAGUCGACAGCGAAGUGAACAACAACGGCCACCAGGGGGCAGGCCGCUCCAAAUCCAGCACUGCUGUCUACCUGGUGGGCGGAGGCACUGCCACGGCAACCGUUCCCACAGGUAAUGGAAUGACUUACCUGUGAACUGUUGACCUUUUUAUUUCACUUCAAGUGACUUGAUAUGAAAAAGAAAACAAAAUAAGAAAAAGAAAAUUUUACAAGCAGCUUAACUUCCCACCUCUCCUUCAAAGACUCGCUUUAAAUAGAAUUCAGCUAUGCAGCAAAUUUGGCGUAAAAUGCUUCCAUUUUUUAUGUUUUUGUUUGAAAGCUUCUUUUUUUUGCACUUUUUUAUUUUGAUAUUUUUUAUUACAUCGUUAAGUCUCUUGUGAAGAAGGAUAAAAAGAAAAAAUAACAAUGUAUUGAUUUACAAUCA